GGCGGGCGGAGCGGCCCCUUCCCGGCCCUGCCGCGGCCGCUGCCGGGAGCUGUAGUUGCUGUACAUUUGUAAUUGCCGUAGUUCCUGUGUCCCCGUGUCCUCCCCGCCAUGGCCGCCCCCUGAGAGUUUGGAGCAUGUGAGGAGCUGCCAGAGGAAUCACUACUGUUUUCAUUUCUGCUUUGUCAGAUGCUCCCGCCCCGCUGGGUGACGUGAGGAGCGUGGCGUGCGUCGGAGCUGGUGUCACCCCACGGCCAGGAUGGUGGCAUUCAACUGGAAGGCUCUGGAGAAUUUCCCACUGCUGAUGUACAUUUUGGCAGCCAAAACCUUGAUCCUUUGCUUGGCAUUUGCUGGAGUGAAAAUGUACCAGAGCAAAAAAAUUGAGGAAAAACUGAAGAGGGAACGGGAGGAGAAACUGAAAAGAGAAGCAGAGAAGGAGGAUUGAAGAGUCCCUCAGCCUGCAGAAUUCCUGACACUUGGCAGCUUGCACUGGAUUCCUUUCCCAGGAGGAUGAAGCCUUCCUGGAGAUGAUGGAUGUGGCAGAGGAAUAAAACCCUGGAGAGGAACGUUCCCUUCAGCUGUAUCUCCAUUUUUUACGUGGACACAGAAGGAUUUCAGCCUCUAAUUUAUGCAAUAAAAAAACCCUUUGUAAAAAAAAAAUUAAAAAAUAAAAAAAAAGCCCUGG